AUGAUGAAGCGUUCCGAGGACGAAACCCGACACGGCAGCAGCUAUCAGUUUCUAGACCUUACCGAUGCCGGCCAAAAUGAAACGUCCGCUCUGAUGGGCAUCCUUUAUCCUGUUCCUUCUGGUGGCGGUGGUGUUGUUGACGCUGAUGCUGCUACUGUUACUGCCACCGAAGGGUUGUCGUGUCCAGAGAGCACCGGAAGCGAAACCGUAGACGUCCGGAGGAGCGUGCCCCAGCGUCAAGAUCCCGGACAGGAUGAGGUACUGGGCGUAGGUGGUUGCUUCCAGACGCCCCAGGAGGCGUUCUUGAAUGGGCUGAACCCAAACGCUCAAGUAUUCGAUCCGGUGCCGGUGUUGCUCAUGUCUAAACCGCCAUCCUCCGCAGGCAGCAGCAACCCGGAAGUGGAUAGUUUCCCUGCAGGACACCCACCAACGGGCAGAAUGAUGAUUGUUCCGGUGCGAAAGCACUCGAUCGUGCCAAUUCCAAACCAUUCGCUGGUGUUGCUGGAUCAACAGCCGCCAUCGUUGUCCGCUACGUCUCCCGCCGUCACCACCGGCUUCGUGGCGGGGGCGGCAAACCCGCUCUCCGGUCUUCCCACCGCACGGUCUCCGGUCUUCGGCUUCCGUCCACCGGCUUUGGUCACCUCGACAACAUCAGCACCGCUGCCGACAUUCGUGAACGAAAGCAACAGUAGUUCCAUCGUCGUAGAUACGGAGCAGUUGCUUACUAGCGAAGAACAGUGGAUCGAUUCUUCGACUCAGUCAACGGCCACGAGCGUCGUAGGUGGAGAAGGUGGAGGUGCAGAAGCCACCACGCGGGUAUCCGUUGUAACGGCUGUUACUAUGCCUCCGCACACCAACAAUCCACACCACCCUCCGCAGCAGCAGCAGCAGCCGCCACCUCAGCAGCAGCAGCAGCAGCAACCAUCACAGCAGCAGCCGCAACAACAGCAACAGCUAGCAUCUGUAGCUAACAAUCAGCAGCAUGCGGGAGGCCAGCAACAACAACUUCCACAACCCCAACAGCACAAUGUAGGUGGUCGAAGCGGAGGAGGAGGAGUGGGCGGUGGAAAUGACGCGGGGGGUGGUCGGAAUGCUGAUCGUGACAACGGCAACCAGCAGCAGUUGCAACAGCAGCAGCAGCAACAGCAGGCCAUACCUGUGUCGAACCAUCAGCAGCAACAGGUGAUGCCGCAUGUUUACGCCCAACUCCCAACGUCGGCCUAUAUCCCAUCGGGUCCUCACGGGAUGUAUCCGGUGCAGAUGAUGCCAUCUACGGCACCGGUGCCGAACAACGUGUUCGUCGGUAAUCUGACGGCAAACGUCAGCGUGCACGGGUAUCAUCACGCGCUGUCACCCUACCUGGCGACGACCACGCCACCUGGUGCGUACAUGCAAGCCGAUGUGGCCACCGGUCCAGAGAUGCUAAUGCCGCCCACCCCGGUUGCCAUGUCGGGGGGACGGGGCACAAUGCGCCGAGGGGGUCGAAACAAUCGGGGCGGGAAUAAUUCCCGUUCCCGGGGCGGUUACGUGCCGCACUAUAUUCAGCAGCAGCAGCAUCAGCAUCAUCACCACCAGCAGCAUCAACAUUAUCAUCAGGGCCUUCAACAGCAGCAGCAGCAGCAGGGUGGGAUGAUGCCUAUUACGCUCCACCAGGCAGGACAACUACCGCCCCAGCAUCAGGUUCAGCAGCAACAACAAGCACAACAAGGAGCGCAGGGCGGUGCAGGUGGUGGAGGAGGAGGUCAGCAACAAAACCCACCUACUUCAGGCGGCGGAGGUGCGCAACAACAGCAGCAGCAGCAGGCUCAGCAACCGCAACAUCCUCCACAACAGCACACGCCGGAGUUGAUCCACAUGGAAGCGCCUCCGAUCAUGGGUGGAGCUGGGGCACAGUAUGGAGGGUUUGGAGGUGGAUAUUACGUCCUGCCGCAUCACAUGGCUGCCCAGCAUGCCGCUGGUACGCCCCUGUUCAUGACAGCACCCCAAAUGCAGAUGUACUAUAAUGCGCCCUUGCACGGUUACCCGAACCUGGUAUUUCCGUCCUAUAUUCAGCCUGAGUAUCAAAUGUAUGACGAUCCUAAAGGCGACGAUGGCGGACAGGGACAGGGUCAUGAUGAAGGUGGCGUAGUACACCCCGGGGCAGCCAUGUGGCCACAGCCACCGCACAUGGCACUCGAUUAUCACGCUGAACCGGGAGACUAUCUGCCGGUGCAUGAGGAAGACGGUAGCGGACCGAUGGGGGGCGCUCCGGGUGGAAUAAUGCAGCCAGGAGCGGGGGGACCCCAACAGCCGCCUCCUCCGCAAGCGAUGCAAUCCCCCAUGGGCCAUCACGUGCUGGAUCCAAACGUACCCGGAUUUACGAUGCAAAUGGCACCGGUUCCGGUUCCGGUCGCUCCGAUGCAAUCUCCCGACGAGUACGUCAUGCAGUCGUCGCAACCACCGCAAAACGUACAGCAGCCGCAGGUUGAUGAUUACAACGGAAAUGGCAUCCCAGUGAGCUCAAACGCAAACCCUGCAAUGCAUUCGCCGGUGGUGACUUCCGUGGCGCAGCACAACAUGGGAGGAGUUCCGCAACCGGAGGAGUUGAUGAUGGCAGGCGGGUAUCUAGUUGGGGCUCCCCAGCCGCAACCGAUGUCGAUGGACGCGUCGGAUGUCCUGGUAGUGGCCCCGGAUGCUCAACAGCAGCGACAACAGCAACAACAGCAACACGGACAGGCUGGGCUUUUACCCUCACCGGUCAUGGAUAGUACUGCAGCACAACAACCAAUGAACAACAACUUCAUCGUCGAUCCGCGGUACAUCCAUGCACAUCCUCCUCCACCGCUUCUCUCGAUGCAGGGAGCGCCACCAAAUCAGCAACCUCCUCCUCAGCAGCAGCAGCAACAACAACUUCCACUGCUUCAUCAGCAGCCUUCUCAGGGAGCUGCUAUCUCUUCAACCGAUUUGCCGUCUUCGGGGAAUCAAGCAUUUCAUCAUCAGACGCAGCAUGCGGGUCCAACCGUACUGCCGCCAUCGACAAACGCUGGGUCUAUAACUCUAGAUGGUGCUGUUCUGAUGGACUCGAAUGAAAACGAUAGCAAUAAUAAUAGUAACAGUAAUCACAAAGGCGCCGAAGUCGUCUCAUCGGCAAAGCUAGUUGAUGCGGUAGUUAUGGCGAAUCCACCUCCAUUACCAGCUAGCAACGCAACACCUAUUCUGGAACAGCACCAGCAACAACAGCAGCAGUCCAUGCCAACGGUGUCACCAGCAACGACGGUUGGGGCAACCAGCUUUCCUACAGCGAAGCAGGACAUAGUGGAGAGUUCAACUGGCAACAAGCAGGCGUUACAUCAACCGAAUAUUGUGGGAUACGCAGCAGCUGUUGCGGCACAGCCACCGCCUCGGAAUCGCGGUGAUAUGGAACCUGUAAAAAUCGCGCAAGAACGGAUGGAAAAGCUUUCUAUGAAGGAACAAGAUCAUCAGCGUCGAUCAGGGGUUGCAGUUGGCAGCGAUGGAGUUAGACCACCAGGCCAAGGUGCUAACAUGCAGCGCAGCAAUGUGCCCCAUUCGGCAGCAUCAGGUGUGGGAAGUGGUUGGGUAAAUAACAGCGGUGUUGGGCCUAAGAAAGGAACCGCUUCGGUGUCCGUGUCGGCCAUACCAAACAAGGAAUUUCCAGGUUCGGCCGGUGGUGGUAGUGGCCACCAUAAAAGCACGUCUCCGGUACCGUUCACAUCGCUGGUAGGAACUGUAACCUCGGCACCAUCUACCUCGGCCUCGUUGUCGAUGGCAUCCAACAAGCAACAGCAGACACUCGCUACCGGUGCGAAAUCGUACUCAGAACAGUCACAUCAGCAGCGUUCGGUCGGUGGAACUGUUACUGGUGGGGGCGCCACCGUUUGCCUAAGUGGUGGUGGUGUUGCCAGUGGCGGACAGGCCACUUCCGUGAACCAGGUUCCUCCGCAAAUGGAAUCGAAAAAGGUGGAAGCUAUACCGCAGCGCACGGUUUCGGCUGCUUCAGCCGUUACCGGGGCACCAUCCAUGGCCUCGGCCGGAACUAGCACCACUGGUGCUGCGGAUACGAAGCAUCACCACCAUGAUGUGGUAAUGGUACCCAAGACCAAUACGAACUCCAAUACGGUAAAAUCUGCGAACAAAAUGAUUCCUACCGCUGGAGCUCCUCCCCAGCCGAACAAAACCUGGGCGAGUUUGUUCAAUUCGUCCUCGUCGUCGUCUUCUUCCGUGUCAUCGUCUACCGCGCCAUCUCUGUCGGCAGCAUCAACAGCUACGGCUGCCGUAGCCGUGUCAUCCGUGCCACCGGCCGCCGUCAAUCAGAUGGGAAGCGGUCACGUGACUGGAGCUGCAGUUUCAUCGAACAUUGCCACCACACAACAUCACGCGCAAACAGCAACGGGAUCAGCAUCUAGUGGAUUCAACUUUGCCCCUCCAUCUGUCAAUCGUCCUGCAUCGGCUACUAGCGGAUCCUCGUCUACAGUCACAAUGAACACCGGAAAUAAUUCGAAUAAUACCCCCACUACCAUGUCCGAUGCUGCUGGACCGAAGAAACCAGUUGCCAAAGUGCAACCGUACGAAAGACACCACCCUACAACUACAGGUUCCUCAUCGACUGCUACCGGUGGUCCAAUGUCGUAUUCUUCUGCUGCCGCCUCCAAUCCGACAUCCGGAGGUGUCGGUGGCUCUUCUGCGGGAACUAGUUCUUCGAUCACGGGCAAAGGAAAGGGAGCGCAAGGAGGAAGCGGUGGUAACAACAAUGUUGUAAAAGCUGCAUCAAAUACAACGGCGAUGGUAGGCACAAGUUCUGGCGCAGCGGAUCAGAAAGAUGAAUUUUCUCUAAAAUUUGGAGAUUUUCUGAGCGGAUAUAAUAUUGACAAUAGCAGCAUCAGCAUCAUGCCUCGUGGAUUGAUCAAUCGAUCUAACUAUUGCUACAUUAAUACGAUCCUGCAGGCACUAAUCGCGUGCCCUCCGUUUUAUCAUUUGAUGCGUACGAUUCGUACCCUACCAGCGGCCAAGAAUGCAAAAUGCCCAAAACCAUUCAUAGAUGCAAUGUGCUCCUUGGUUGGCGAAUUUUCUCAGCUUCCUAUUCGCUCGAAGCCGCCGUCUCGAGAUAAGGGAAAGAAGGACGAUACCCUGGACAGUAUCCAGCAGGAUUCGCCGUUCGAACCUGCAAUCAUCUAUAGGAUGCUAAACGGCAUCCGUUCAGAUAUGUUCCAAAUAGAAGGCCGACAAGAAGACGCGGAGGAGUUUCUCGGUUGUGUAUUGAAUCGUCUGAACGAUGAAAUGAUUGAGUUCAUGAAGUUGAACAAACCCGAUCCAGCUGGCAUGAACGGAGAGGAACCAACGAACGGUGAAGUUCACGGAGAAGAGGACGACGAUUGGAUGCUUAUCUGCGGUAAUCGUAACAAGGGCACAGUCACGCGAACGGCCGACUUUGGCCACUCACCGAUCUGCGACAUCUUUCGAGGCAAACUGCGGUCCCGCGUGCAACGUGACGGAGUGCCACCGACCUAUAACAUUCAGCCAUUCUUCACUCUUCCCCUAGACAUAGAGAAAGCGGCAUCAGUAAAGGAAGCGUUAGAACAAUUGGUCGGACGAGAUGAACUCGAGGGUGUGACCUGUUCGAAGACAAAGCAGGAAGUAGCUGCUUGGCAGCAGGUUACACUCGAAGAGCUUCCGGUAGUGCUUAUUCUGCACUUGAAAUGUUUCGAUUACAAGAUGGAUGGCUGCACCAAAAUCCUCAAAUCAGUGGACUUUCCGAUCGAACUGAAGAUAGAUUCGAAAUUAAUGUCUUCUAAAGGAAAGAGCUACUCGGCGAAGCAAAAGCAGUACAAGCUGUUUGCAGUGGUGUAUCAUGAUGGUAAGGAAGCUUCCAAGGGCCACUACAUCACCGAUGUGUAUCAUUCUGGGUAUGGGAGCUGGAUUCGUUACGAUGAUAGUAUCGUGAAAGCGGUACCGGAGUACAACGUAUUGCGUCCGCGUGCCCCUCGCGUGCCGUACUUACUCUAUUACCGCCGAAUGGACACCCAAACCCAUGGUUCCGGCAACGAUAGUACUCACCGAGGCGGCGGCGACGCCGGUGGAGUCGCUGGUCCGGGAGGAGGAAAUGGCCGCGGGGGCUCGUACCACUCGGGCAUGAGUGGAGCUAGCGGCAAUGAUCGACACCAUCACAGCAAUCAUCACGGCAAUGAUCACGGUCGCGGAUCUGCAGGAGGAUAUGGAGCAGGUGGUACCGGGGGUUAUGGAAACAGUCAUGGAAGCGGUGGGGGUAACUACUAUGGUGGUGGUGGUAGUGCGGGCCAACAUGGCAAUAGUGGUCAUCACGGUGGCAACACUAAGUAGUAAGCGUAUAAAACACAAAAGAAGAAGAAUAUCCGGAACCAAAGGUUGGCGGCAGCAAUGCGUUUGUCGGAAUUUGAUAAUAAGAACACAUGAAACUUGUGACUGUGCUGUGUAAAAGAACAAAACGAAAAAGACACUUAAAUCGAAAGGUGAGGUGAAUUGUAUCGAUCUUACUAAGCUUCGUAUCCAUGUGCACAAGAAGUUCUUCUGAUUCUCACCGUAAAACCGUGUGCAAAGAAGGAACUGUUAUCAGUUAAAGGCAACUGUGUGUAGUGUCGUAGUGCCGAUGUGGUGGUAGUGCCGAGGACGAACGACACAAAACGUUCUUUUAAGUAUUUUUCGUUCGGCAUCAUGCGUUUCGGUGGAAGUUUUUGAUUGAGUCUGCUAUCGUCAAGCUCUACUUCAAAGCUAUUAUCCCGAAUGAUGGUGUCUGAUACGAUCGUAUGUAAAAUUGUUUUUACGAUCGAACGAAACUGCCACGCCACUCCCU